AUGCCAGAGGGUGGUAGUGCUUAUGUUAUUGGUGAACCUGGUUUGACUUAUGCUCUUUACGAGAAAGGCUUUCAGAUGAACGAUGUUGAUCCUGAUUAUGUGGUGUUAGGCGAAGGUCCAUCCUACAACUAUGAAAAGCUUUGCAAAGCUGUUAGUCUAGUCAAUAAAGGUGCAAAAUUAAUUGCUACUAAUCUGGAUACCGAGGGACUCAACUCAAAUAGUGAAAUUAUUCCUGCCUGUGGGGCAUUUGCUGCUUGUGUUGAGCUUGUCACCAAGACUAAGGCUUUCUUUUGUGGAAAGCCUAGCGCUCUCAUCAUGCGAUAUGCCCAGCGUACUCUUGGUUUGAACAGACUCGAAACUUGUAUUAUUGGUGACAGAAUGGAUACAGAUAUUGUUGCUGGUAUCAAUUCUGAAAUUGAUCCUGUACUUGUCUUGUCAGGCGUAACAACCAUGGAAGAUCUGCAUGCUUUUCCCUAUCGUCCUUAUUUGGUGCUUGGCGGUGUAUAUGAAAUCCCGGUUGAUGACCAGACUAACGUUGUCUCAUCCGUGGAUAUGGAAGCCUCCAAUAGAAGAAUAAGCCAGGUUUCAAUAUUAGACGACUGA